CGCGCGCAUCAUGGUGACAGGUGAAUAUGACGAAGCUCGCAUUUGCAGUCUUCACCCUCAACCCGUUGUGUUAUGAUUGUAAGGUGUCGAUGGGAUAACAGGAUUUUGGCGAGGGUCGCAGUAGAUGCACUAGCUUUAGCAUUCUUAGAGAAGUUCUCCCGACAAUAAUGAUGAAGAAGAUUGAAGCUACCCUUUAUUACUCAAAGAACCACCUACACGCCUUUCCAUCCUUGGAAUCCUUCUUUGCCCGUUCCGUGUCUCCCUCAUUGCUCUCCACCUGGGCUACAAAUUCCUCGACCCACUAUUCUAUUGGAUCAUAACAUGAUUAGUGAACCCGUUAACCCGUAUCCGGCCCAUUCUAUAAUGUAAGACCGGGCUCGAUACAGCUACUGACGCAGAUGAUGACGACGAGAACCCCAACAAGACUAAUGGAUUCGGGUUUCAUUCAAACAGGAGAAUUGCAUACCUGCGUUGUUGGUAACCGCAGCGGAGGUGAAGGGGAUCCAAGUCGAGCGAGAACCCGAGAUCAACGACUAGGGUCCCGUACACGUAGAGGAAUGAUGAAUCGCCACGUCAGCUACGACCUCGGGCGUGAAGCCUUUAUUAAGGAGAGGAGAAGGCGAGCGACCUCCUCACCGCCUCGUUCUCCGUCGUUCACGCCCUUCGCCUUCCUCUUCUUCUUCCCUUCUGUUAGAAAAAGAUAUAUAUUAUUCGAUCCUAUGAAGAUAAAUUAGCGGGGAUACAAAUAAAAGACCUGUAUUAAUAUUCGAGAUUUUGAUCAUUAUAAUGGGGAACGAGGCAUGGCGGCUCCGUCACGGGCACCGCUCCUUCUCGUCGUCCCUCCUCGACGCCAUCGAGCGCUCCAUGGACGACCCCAUCGCCCCCAAGAGCGAGGAAAUGGCGAAUCGCCUCGCUCACGGAGCAUCCGACUUCCUGGUUCCCCUCGCCUCCAUGGAGCGGAGGCCCACGGCGACCGUGACCCGACCCCGGCGUCCAGACUUCCCCCCGUUCUCCACUUCCAGCUCAUCCUGCAACUCCACUUCGAGCGGCUUCUUCUCCUCGUCCUCCGGGCGUGAGUCCCCCGCCACCCUCCCACUCAGACUCCGACCGAGCCGGUCGCCGCCACCCGACCAGCACCGCCAGCAGGACAAGGAGAGAUCGGGCUCGACUCGGACAAAGCUACGAGGUCUGAAGAAAUAUAAGGCGCCAGGGUCGCCAGGGGCCCUCCUCGCGGGGUUCCUCAACUCACUCUGCACCGCGGCGGCGGGGGACCGGGCGAAACCGAAGCCAUCACCCUCCGGCGCGGACUCCGCCUGCUCGGCCGUCUCGUCGCGGGCGCGACCUUGCCUUAGCAAGGCGCCAUCGACGAGGGAUCCAGCGGAGGGCGGGAACAGGUCAGUGAGGUUCCGCGCCGAUGGGGAGGAUCCGCGGCGAUGCGGGCAGACGAAGAAAAGCGCGUGCGGCGGGGAUCACGCGGUGGUGGAGGCGAGAGGGGUGAAGAUGAGGGUGGAAGAGCUCUUGCGAACGUUGGCGGAGGAGGGAGAAGAGGAACAGGACGAUCUGUUUGAGUUGGAAAACUUGAUGGUGAUGGAAGGGGGUGGUUACAGGGACGAGCUUCCGGUGUACGGCACGACCCGUCCCGAGAAGAAUCGCUCGAGGUCUAACUGACGCUAUAAUUAUAGAGGAAGAAAAAUAGGAAGUAUAUUGCGCUAAUGUUGGAAAAUAUGGGCGGGAAGUAAAAUAAAUAAAUAAAUAAAUAAUGGAGGC